AUGGAGGCGGCCGCGGCACCCAGGAGGCACGCGCGGGGGCACGUGGCGAGGCCGCCCGGCGGCGGCGAGGAGAAGAGCCCGCCAGAGAGGACAGUGUACAUGGACUACAACGCAACCACCCCCCUGGAGCCGGAGGUCAUCCAGGCCAUGACGGCGGCCAUGCGGGAAGCCUGGGGAAACCCCAGCAGUCCCUACCCGGCAGGUAGGAAAGCCAAGGAUGUUAUCGACGCCGCUCGGGAGAGCCUCGCACGGAUGAUAGGUGGGAAGGCUCGCGACAUCGUGUUCACGUCCGGGGGCACCGAGUCAAACAACUUGGUAAUCCAUUCUGUGGUGACACACUUCCACAAGAUCCACACCUCAAAGGGGGACACAGCCGGGUGUCACAGCCCGGCAGAGGGGGCCCUGCCCCACAUCGUCACCUGCACUGUGGAGCACGACUCCGUCCGCCUGCCCCUGGAGCACCUGGUGGAGGAACAGAUGGCCGCAGUCACCUUUGUCCCCGUGUCCAAGGUGAGCGGGCAGGCAGAGGCUGACGACCUCCUGGCGGCUGUCCGCCCCACCACGUGCCUCGUGACCGUCAUGCUGGCCAAUAAUGAGACUGGUGUCAUCAUGCCCAUCCCCGAAGUCAGCCGGCGGGUCAGAGCCCUGAACCAGCAGCGGGCAGCUGCCGGGCUGCCUGUGGUCCUGCUGCACACGGACGCCGCGCAGGCCCUGGGGAAGCGGCGCGUGAGCGUGGAGGACCUGGGCGUGGACUUCCUGACGAUCGUGGGGCACAAGUUCUACGGCCCUAGGAUCGGAGCCCUUUACGUGCGAGGGCUCGGUGAGCAGACGCCCCUGCACCCCAUGCUGUUCGGAGGCGGACAGGAACGGACCUUCAGGCCAGGGACGGAGAACACCCCGAUGAUCGCCGGCCUCGGGACGGCUGCCGAGCUGGUGACCGAGAACUGCGAGGCUUACGAGGCCCACAUGAGGGACGUCCGAGACUACCUGGAGGAGCGGCUGCUGGCUGAAUUUGGUGAGAAAAUCCAUCUGAACAGCCAGUUCCCGGGAACUGAACGACUCCCCAACACGUGUAACUUCUCCUGCCGGGGACCCCAGCUCCAAGGCCGCUUGGUGCUGGCGCAGUGCAGGACGCUGCUGGCCAGCGUGGGGGCCGCGUGCCACUCGGACCACGGGGACCGGCCGUCCCCGGUGCUGCUGAGCUGCGGCAUCCCCUUUGACGUGGCAAGGAACGCGCUGAGGCUCAGCGUGGGCCGCAGCACCACCCGGGCCGAGGUGGACCUCGUGGUGCAGGACCUCAGGCAGGCCGUGGCCCGGCUGGAGGGCCGGCCUGGUGCUGAGGCCGCCUCGUAGGCCGCCUUCGAGGGCUGUGCCAGGGUGACUCCCGGAGCGUCUGAGGGGGGCUGACGGCUCCCCCGCAUGCGGCUCAGCAGGAAGUGGGCCCACGGGCACACAGGCCCAGGACACACUGACGUGGGCCCGUCACUGACCCUGCUGCCCAGUGGCCAGGUUGGAGUGGAAACUGGCUGUGACCACAGUCCCUUCGGGAAGCCCGUGGAAGGUGGCAUUUGUAUCAGGAAGCUCAGGUCCUAGUGUUAUAGUGACUGUCGUCAGGGGAACAGGAAGCCGGGGGUUCUGUGGCCAUGGCCUCCUGUACGUUUGCAGAGCGCCAGUCUCUGCGCCCUCCCCGCGGGCCCUGCCCAGCCCUUUCCGAUGGCCAGGCCCUGCCAGCUGUCCCCGCUCCCCAGCCCCGCCCACCCCGCAGGACUCCGGCCUCCCCACCGGUCACCGGGCGCCUGUCUUCCCUUCAGGGGUUCGCUCGGGGUUGCAGCUCGCAGGCACUGUCUCCACCGAGGCUCGUGUGCCUGGUCCCUGAGGUGGGAACCGUGGCCCACGCACUCCCACCUGGAUGUGCCUGCAGGACCCUCCUCACAAGUGCUCUGAGCUUCUCACGUCAGGUGUCGUGUCUCUCGGAGGCCACAGCAGUGACGUUGAUCCACACCCACUGUGCGGUCUGUAGCGCGGACAGCGACAGGAGGGCAUCGCGGAACCAGCGUCGGUGGUGAA